GCCAAAAUGGCGGCGCUUGGGCGUGAGGCUGGGGCUGACCUGAGGGAUGCAGCUGUGUUGCCGGUCAGAACUGGGGAAGCGUCCAAGCUUUGAAAAAGCUAGAAAAAGAACUACAGAGGACCUGGCUACCUUUGAGGAAAACUGUAAGGAAAACAAAAACUCAGUAUCUCUGCAUGUUAUCCUUCUACACUAGGUCUUAAGGACAUCAGAAUGGCAACAUACACACAUGGUCAGCCCAGUGUUUCUCUCGGAGAUGAAAAAUUCAGAAGACCCAUGGUCAUCGAAAUCAUAGAAAAAAAAAUGGAGUAUCUUAGAAAAGAAAAGACUUUAAAUGUGUAUGGCACAGUGUUCUUUGGAACAGCAGCUAGUUUCUCUGGAAUGUUGGCGAACUUCAUUUUCAGACACUGCUUCAAGGUUAAACAUGAUGCUUUGAAGACAUAUGCAUCAGUGACUACACUUCCGUUUUUGUCUACUGUAGUCGCUUAUAAGUUCCUUGUAACAGAUGCUUUGUAUUUGGGCAAUAUAAGCCAGGAAAAUUGUGUUCUGAGGAGUUCACUGGUUGGCAUAGUAUGUGGUGUUUUAUAUCCCACUGGUUUGGCUUUUUCUAAAACUGGACGCCUGGCAGUCAAGUAUCAUACUGUUCCAUUGCCACCAAAAGGAAGGGUUUUACUUUACUGGUUGCUGCUUUGUCAAACAGAGGUAAAAGCAAUGAUGAUUCCUCUGGUCUUUCAGACAGUCUUUGGAAUAUUUAAUGGUCUACGGCAUUAUGCAAUAUUUGAAAGUACACUUGAGAAAACUGUACGUGAUGAUUAAUCAAAGAGUGAAUGAAUACUAAAUCAGCAGAAUGGGAUUUUUUUUAUGAUGAGGAAUCCGGCAUUGCUGAAGGAGUUAAAACUAACUCCAGUUUGUUUCUGUUCCUCCUGCUUAGUCUAUAGCAGGUACUCAAUAAAUAUUCUGUAAUUCACUAUUUAAAUGUUAGUUUCAUCUUUCUUUCCUCCUGUGUGUGGGAAUAGGUUUGAGAUGACAAGGUCUGCUCUAUACAUAUAGUCAUUCAUUCACCAGACAUUUAUUAGGCCCCUGUUAUAUCUCAGGCACUGGGUAAUAUAUAAUAAGAAAUGGUCUUUAACCCAAAAGGAACUCACAAUUAGAAGAGAAAUUUAAAAUGUGAACAUAUAGCAAGAGAAGGUUUAAGAGGUAUACAAAUAAUUAUGUGGGCACAUUGAAGAUAUGGCUGUUAACUACUUGUCCAGAAGGGAAAGCUAAGGGGGGAAAGUGACAUUUGACC